CAAAGCGACAUCUAGCGGAAGCGACACUACAACGUUGUGAAAAACCAUGCUUUUUGAUUUAUAGAAUUAUUACUUAUUUGAAAAUUAGGAAAGAAAAAAAGAGUUAAACAACCAUGGCUGGUGCAGCGGCCAGAGCAUUGCAGUAUGAAUACAAGGCGAACUCUAACCUUGUAUUGCAAGCUGAUCGUUCGCUCAUUGAAAAAAGAGCUCGCGAUGAACCCACGGGAGAAGUCACUUCCCUUGUUGGAAAGAUUGCAGGAACCAGAAUGGGCGAGAAAGCCAUGAGAUCCAAACCUCCUCAGAUGGAAGAGCGAAAAGUCAAGAGAACAAAGCGUGAUGAAGCACAAAGGGAUAUGAUGAAAAUGAAAGGAGCAACUUUAUUGUCUGAAGGCAUUGACGAUUUUGUUGGAAUCGUCUACAGACCUAAAACCCAGGAAACCCGACAGACGUAUGAAGUUAUUCUUAGCUUUAUCCAAGCUGCCUUAGGUGAUCAGCCUCGCGACGUAUUAUGCGGUGCUGCAGAUGAGGUCUUACAGGUGAUGAAGAAUGACAGAUUGAAGGACAAAGAGAGAAAGAAGGAAGUAGAGGAGUUACUGGGGGGACUGGCAGAGGAGAGGUUUGCCGUACUUGUCAACCUUGGCAAGAAAAUCACUGACUGGGGGCAGGAGGAGAAGAUGCAGACAGAUGACAACAUUGAUGAGACAUAUGGUGUGAAUGUGCAGUUUGAAGAAUCAGAGGAUGAAUUUCAGGAUGAUGGAGACGUGUAUGGUGAAAUAAAAGAAGUUGAGGAAGAGGAAGAUGAAGAUGAAGGAGUGGAAGCUGAGUAUAAUGACACCCUACACACCAAUUUGGCGGGAGAAGAUGGGGGUAAUAAGUCAGACUCUGGCCUCCACCCCAGGGACAUUGAUGCCUUCUGGCUCCAGAGAAAGCUGAGUAAACACUACCCAGACGACCCCACCAUGGCCCAGACCAAGGCUGGAGAAGUUCUACAGACUCUCAAGUCUGCGAGUGAUGACAGAGAAGCAGAAAACCAGCUGGUCAUGUUGCUGGGAUUUGACAUGUUUGAUUUCAUCAAGGUCCUUCGACAGCACAGGCAGAUGAUUCUGUACUGUACCAUGUUGGCACAAGCUCAGACUGAUGAAGAGAAGAAGGGCAUUGAGGAGAAAAUGUCUGCAGACACAGAGUUGUCGGGGUACCUCAAGGCCCUAGGGGCGACAGACAAGGAGGACCUCGUGUCUGAGGAGAGGGCUAGGCGCCAACAAGCCAGACAGAGCAGGGUGGCUGCAGACAUUGAGGCGAUGGAUGUAGAUCAAAGUCAGCAAAAACUUGGAGAGGUGAAUCUGGUUGACAUUGAGGACUUGACAUUCAGUCAGGGCAGUCGUCUGAUGGCCAACAAACGAUGUCAGCUGCCAGACGGCUCGUACAGGAAGCAGAGGAAAGGUUAUGAAGAAGUACAUGUACCUGAGUUGACGCCAAAGUCUUUUGAAACAGAUGAGACCCUGCUUCCUAUAGACAGACUACCUAAGUAUGCCCAGCCUGCGUUUGUGGGUUUUAAGUGCCUGAAUCGGAUACAGAGCCGGCUUUGGAAGUCCUGUAUGGAGUCUGACCAGAACCUCUUGCUGUGUGCUCCUACGGGAGCUGGUAAGACUAAUGUAGCCUUACUGUGUAUGCUGAGGGAGAUAGGGAAACACAUUAAUGCUGAUGGCACGAUCAAUACGGACGAGUUCAAGAUCAUCUACGUCGCCCCAAUGAGGUCACUCGUACAGGAGAUGGUUGGCAGCUUUGGAGAGAGGCUGAAGUCGUACGGUAUCCGUGUGGACGAGUUGACCGGGGACCAUCAGCUGACCAAGGAACAGAUCACCAACACCCAGAUCAUCGUCUGUACUCCCGAGAAGUGGGACAUCAUCACCAGGAAGGGCGGCGAGCGCACCUACACUCAACUCGUCAGGCUCAUGAUAUUCGAUGAGAUUCAUCUUCUCCAUGAUGACAGAGGACCAGUUUUGGAGGCUCUAGUGGCCAGAACCAUCAGAAACAUAGAGACCACCCAGGAAGACGUACGACUGGUGGGGCUCAGUGCCACACUCCCCAACUAUGAGGAUGUGGCUACCUUCCUCCGCGUAGACCCCGCUCAGGGACUCUACUUCUUCGACAACAGCUUCCGCCCCGUGCCUCUGGAGCAGCAGUUCAUCGGAAUCACAGAAAAGAAAGCUGUCAAGCGUUUUCAGAUCAUGAACGAGAUUGUGUACGAAAAAGUGAUGGAGCAUGCUGGGAAGAACCAGGUUUUGGUGUUUGUACACUCUAGAAAGGAGACUGGUAAGACAGCACGAGCUAUUCGAGAUAUGUGUCUGGAGAAGGACUCGCUUGGAAUGUUUCUGAAGGAGGGGUCAAUGUCCACCGAGGUUCUCAGGACCGAGGCUGAACAGGUCAAGAAUCUAGAGCUGAAAGAUUUGCUACCCUAUGGAUUUGGAAUCCAUCAUGCAGGAAUGGCCAAAGUGGACCGUAUCCUGGUAGAGGACCUGUUUGCCGACCGGCACAUUCAGGUGCUGGUGUCCACCUCCACCCUGGCCUGGGGGGUCAACCUACCCGCCCACACGGUCAUCAUCAAGGGGACACAGAUCUAUAACCCAGAGAAGGGGCGCUGGGUGGAGCUCAGUGCUCUUGAUGUCAUGCAGAUGUUUGGAAGAGCUGGGCGACCCCAAUAUGACACAAAGGGGGAGGGGAUCAUGAUAACCAAUCACAGCGAGCUACAGUACUACCUGUCACUGAUGAACCAGCAGUUACCGAUUGAGAGUCAGUUUGUCAGUCGGAUGUCGGAUUGCUUGAAUGCGGAGUGUGUUCUGGGAACUGUACAGUCUGUGAAAGAAGCAGUGGACUGGCUGGGAUACACAUAUUUGUACAUCAGAAUGUUACGAGCGCCGUCGCUGUACGGUGUGGGCCAUGACAUGCUGAAAGAUGACCCACUUCUACAGCAGCGACGUAAAGACCUGAUCCACACUGCAGCCUUGACCUUGGACAAAAAUAACCUGAUCAAAUAUGACAAGAAGACUGGUCAGAUCCAGAGCACGGAGCUCGGGCGGAUCGCCAGUCACUACUACUGUACUAAUGAGACCAUCGCUACCUACAACCAGCUGCUGAAGCCUACGCUCAGCGAGAUCGAGUUGUUCCGAGUGUUCUCGCUGUCAUCCGAGUUCAAGCACUUAACAGUCAGAGAGGAGGAGAAGCUGGAGUUGUUAAAGUUACUGGAGAGGGUACCCAUCCCGAUCAAAGAGAGCAUUGAGGAACCCAGCGCCAAGGUGAAUGUGCUGCUACAGGCCUACAUCUCCCAGCUGAAGUUGGAGGGAUUUGCCCUGAUGUCCGACAUGGUGUUUGUGACCCAGUCUGCGGGGCGAUUGAUGAGGGCCAUAUUUGAGAUCGUCCUACACAGAGGCUGGGCCCAGCUGGCUGAUAAGGCCCUCGCCCUCUGUAAGAUGGUCAACAAGCGCAUGUGGCAGAGUAUGUGUCCACUAAGGCAGUUCAAGGAUAAGAAGAUGCCCAUUGAGGUCAUCAAGAAAAUCGAGAAGAAAAACUUUCCCUUUGAGCGCCUCUAUGACCUUGAUCCUCUGGAAAUCGGAGAGUUCAUCCGAGUACCAAAGAGUGGAAAAACUAUCCAUAAAUAUGUGCAUCUGUUCCCCAAACUAGAACUGUCUGUGCAUGUCCAGCCAAUCACAAGGGCUACACUGAGAGUGGAACUGACCAUCACCCCUGACUUCCAGUGGAGCGAGGAAGUUCACGGAACCUCCGAGGCGUUCUGGAUCCUGGUGGAGGAUGUGGACAGUGAGGUCAUUCUACAUCACGAGUAUUUCCUGCUCAAAAGCAAAUUUGCUCAGGAUGAGCAUGUUGUGAAGUUCUUUGUGCCUGUGUUUGAGCCACUUCCUCCCCAGUACUUCAUCAGGGUCGUGUCUGACCGCUGGAUAGGUGCUGAGACCCAGCUUCCUGUCUCGUUCCGUCACCUGAUCCUCCCAGAGAAGUACCCCCCACCCACCGAGCUCCUGGACCUCCAGCCACUUCCUGUCUCCGCCCUCAGGAGCCCAGCCUUUGAGAGCCUCUACAGCGACAAGUUCCCCUUCUUCAACCCCAUCCAGACCCAGGUGUUCAAUGCUGUGUACCACACAGAUGAGAAUGUGUUUAUUGGGGCUCCCACAGGGAGUGGAAAGACAAUCUGUGGGGAGUUUGCCAUCCUGAGGAUGUUCUCACAGAACCCAGAUGGGCGCUGUGUGUAUGUAACCCCGCUAGAGCCUCUGGCACAACAGGUGUAUGCAGAAUGGACGGCCAAAUUUGGAGGACAGUUGGGGAAAAAAGUGGUUCUUUUGACAGGUGAAACUGGCACUGACCUCAAACUUCUGGCAAAGGGUAACAUCAUCAUCAGUACUCCAGAGAUCUGGGAUGUGCUGUCAAGACGUUGGAAAGUCAGAAAAAAUGUGCAGAGUGUCAAUCUCUUUGUGGUGGAUGAACUCCAUCUGAUUGGUCAGGAAGUUGGGCCUGUGUUGGAGGUGAUCUGCUCACGUAUGCGUUACAUGUCGGCCCACUUGGAGCACACAAUCCGAGUGGUCGCCCUCAGCUCCUCCAUCUCCAAUGCCAAGGACGUGUCCCAGUGGCUUGGCUGUACCCCCACAGGGUUCUUCAACUUCCACCCCAAUGUCAGACCUGUGCCCCUGGAGCUACACAUACAGGGUUUGAACAUCAGCCACAAUUUGUCCCGAAUAAUUGCCAUGGCCAAGCCCACUUACCAGGCCAUCCUGCGUCACUCACCAAGGAAACCUGUCAUCAUCUUCGUGCCAUCACGGAAACAGACACGCUUGACUGCCAUUGACAUUUUGACCUUCAGUGCUGCGGAGAUUCAGGUUGACACAGAGACGCCUAGAAGUCGCUUCCUCCACGUAAAGGAGGAAGAUAUCCAACCAUUCCUGGAGAAGAUCACAGACAAGACUCUGAAGGAGACGCUCAGUAAUGGAGUGGGGUACCUCCACGAGGGCCUGAGUGACAUAGAGAGGAAGGCAGUGGAGCAUCUGUUCUCUAGCGGUGCUGUACAGGUGUUGGUGGCCUCUCGCAGUCUCUCCUGGGGCAUGAGUGUGUCUGCCUAUCUGGUGGUUGUCAUGGAUACCCAGUAUUACGACGGAAAAACACACUCGUAUGAAGAUUAUCCAGUGCCAGACGUCUUACAGAUGAUUGGUCGAGCCAACCGCCCACUCACAGAUCAGGAAGGUAAAGCUUUGAUCAUGUGUCAAAGUUCAAAGAAAGAAUUCUUCAAGAAAUUCCUGUAUGAACCUCUUCCAGUGGAGAGCCACUUGGACCACUGUUUACAUGACCACUUCAAUGCUGAGGUGGUGACAAAGACCAUCGAGAACAAACAGGAUGCGGUGGACUACCUGACAUGGACCUUCCUGUACAGAAGGAUGACCCAGAACCCGAACUACUACAACCUUCAAGGUGUGACACACAGACAUCUGUCGGACCACCUGUCUGAGCUGGUUGAGAACACAGUGUCAGAUCUGGAACAGUCCAAGUGUAUCAGUGUGGAGGACGAGAUGGACAUGACCCCACUCAAUCUGGGCAUGAUCGCCGCCUACUACUACAUCAACUACACCACCAUAGAAACUUUCAGUCUGUCUCUGAACAACAAGACAAAGAUUAAAGGUCUCCUGGAGAUUAUCUCUAACGCCGCCGAGUACGAAGAUGUUCCCAUCAGACACCACGAGGAGGCCAUCUUGAAAUCUCUGGCCAGUCGUCUGCCGAACAAGUUGUCCAACCAGAAGUACAACGACCCUCACGUCAAGACCAACCUCCUGUUACAGGCCCACCUGUCCCGCAUGCAGCUGUCAGCGGAGCUACAGUCCGACACUGAGGAGAUACUCAGCAAGGCAAUCCGCCUGAUCCAGGCCUGUGUGGACGUACUGAGCAGUAACGGGUGGCUGAGCCCCGCCCUAGCAGCCAUGGAACUUGCUCAGAUGGUAACCCAGGCAAUGUGGGGCAAGGACUCAUAUCUCAAACAGCUCCCCCACUUCUCACAGGACAUCAUCAAGCGGUGCCAGGAAAAGAAAAUGGAGAGCAUCUUUGACAUCAUGGAGAUGGAGGAUGAUGAAAGGAAUGAGCUUCUACAGCUGACGGAUGAACAGAUGGCCGAUGUGGCUCGCUUCUGUAACAAGUACCCCAACAUCGAGAUGUCAUUCGAUGUCCAAGAAAAAGAAGGCAUUCACAGUGGUUCCCCCGUCAAUGUGCUUGUCUCCUUGGAAAGAGAAGAUGAACUAGUGGGACCAGUUGUGGCACCAUUCUUCCCUCAGAAACGAGAGGAAGGCUGGUGGGUGGUGAUAGGAGACAACAAGUCCAACUCGUUGCUGUCCAUCAGGAGACUGACCUUGCAGCAGAAGGCCAAGGUUAAACUAGACUUUGUGGCCCCCUCCCCCGGUCACUACAACUACACCAUCUUUUUCAUGAGCGACGCCUACAUGGGCUGUGACCAGGAGUAUAAAUUCAGCAUUGACGUGAAGGAGGGCGAGAGUGACAGCGAAAGCGACAGUGAUUAGAGUGUUCAACAUUGACAGCGAAAGCGACAGUGGUUAGGGUGUUCAACAUUUUCCCCAUGUGUGUAAAAGUGACAUUCCCUGAUUAAUAACUUAAAGUGGGAUGGUUAAAAUUGAAAUAUCUUAGAUUGUCUUGUAUUAAUAUUCUUUGAAAUAUGAAAUGAAAAUCAAUGUGCAAAAUGAAAGGACAAAAUAAUCAGUUUUUGUGUCAGAUAAAUGCAUUGCAAGUGUGCAACAUGUACACUUGCACAAUUUAUUUCAAAGAUUGUGUUAUUCAAAACAGGAAUUUGAAAAUUGAUGACUUGAUAAUGUCAUUGUUUAUAUUUUGUUUGUAUUUUGUUUUGUCAUUGUGCUUUAACAUAGGCAAUGUUUUAUUGCCUAUCAAAGAUCAUAUAUUUAUGACAUUGAGAAACACUAUUUUGAUAGUGUAUGAAUAAUCAUAACAUUUGUACAUGAAAUAACUGUCAUGAAUCCUUGAAGUACAUGCUGCAAAGUAUUCAUCAUCAUGAAAGAAAAUGCAUCAUUCUUAUACAAUGUAAUAAAUGAUAAACACACAAAAUUCA